CCUCGCGCCGCCGGGCACAGCGGCCGGAGCGCGCGGCGGGAGGGGGCGUGGCGGUGCCGCGUGCCCGCCUCGCUCCCCCCGCCCCCGCUGCCGCCCCCGCUGCCGCCCCGGCGUGCUGUCUGCACGGCCGCGGCCGGGCGCUCUCGCGAGAUCGGCGUUGGCGCCGUGACCUCCAUGUGAGCGCGGCGGCGCUCCCCGGUAAACAGAGCCCGGGCCGGGCGAUGGCUUCCGGCGCAUCCCCGUAGCCCUGCCCGCCGCCGGCCCGCCGGGACCCGCCGCGAUCCGCGCUGCCUCGGCGGGAUCGGGGAGCGCCGUGGGAUCUGCUCCGCUCCCCUUCCUUCUCCCGUACCCCGCCGAGCGGGACGGGCGGCCCGGAUUACGGGCGGGAGGGUCGCGCCCGCUCCGCCGGGUUUGAAAUUCCUGCCCCGUCGGGCCAGACAAAGAGCGGGGUAGCGUCCGGACUCCUCCCCGGCACCUCCCACGCCGCGGGCGCUCACCCGCGGAGCGGACCCCGUUCCCACCCGCUGCCGUGUCUCGCAUCCUUUGCCCGCGGGCGGGAGGGCGCGCACCAUGUGGAUCCAGGUCCGCACCAUCGACGGCACGGAGACCCAGACCAUCGACGACCUGAGCCGCCUCACCAAGAUCGAGUGCCUGCGGGAGAAGAUCGAGGAGACCUUCCGCGUGAGCCCCGACCGCCAGCGGCUCUUCUACCGCGGCAAGCAGCUUGAAGAUGGACACACUUUGUUUGACUACAAUGUUGGACUAAAUGACAUAGUUCAGCUUUUGAUACGUUCUGAUUCUGAAGCUCCUACCACUGCAUCUGUGACAGAUCAGGAUGGAGAAGUCAAUCCCUGUGCUGUUUCCAACUGCAAGAAUAAAGUAAAAAAAACAAACAGUGGAUCACCCAGUCAGCCAUCUACAUCAUCUCGCUCGUUUCUCAUUGAUCCUGGCAUUGGAUUGUACAAGAUAAAUGAAUUGGUGGAUGCCCGUGAUAUCAACAUUGGAGCCUGGUUUGAAGCUCACAUAGAAAAUGUUACCCGAGCAACAAAGGGACAUAAGAAUGGUAAAGCUCAAGGGAAGAGUGGUAGCACUUACAAAAGGACUAAUGGAAACUUAAAUCAAGAUCAUUCUAGAGAAAAUGCAAAUAAUUUGGACAGUACACCUUCCACAUCUUAUUCAGACUGUAUGGACACUGAUGAGGAAGCUAUUUAUCAUAUCAAGUACGAUGAGUACCCAGAAAAUGGCGUAAUAGAAAUGGACACAGUUAAUCUUCGACCCCGAGCAAGAACCAUUCUGAAGUGGAGUGAACUAAAAGUGGGUGAUGUGGUGAUGGUUAACUACAAUGUUGAGACACCAGAAGAAAGAGGAUUUUGGUUUGAUGCAGAAAUUACCUCUUUGAGAGAAAUCUCAAGGACUAACAAAGAGGUUCAUGCUAAAAUUCUGCUGGGAGGUCCAGAAGACACAAUAAAUGAUUGUAAAAUCCUUUUUAUAGAGGAAAUGUACAAGAUUGAAAAGCCAGGAGCCUAUCCAUUGACAUUUGGGGAUGGAGAUUUCAAAAGAAAAAGUGGCCCUGAAUGCAAGCACUGUAGGGCUGAUCCAGAUAAGGAGUGCCGGUUUUGUUCGUGUUACUUGUGUGGUGGCAAACAGGAUGCUCACAUGCAACUCCUGUGUGAUGAAUGUAAUAUGGCUUAUCAUAUAUACUGCCUGAACCCUCCUUUAAGCAAGAUACCAGAAGAUGAAGACUGGUAUUGUCCUUCCUGCAAAAAUGAUUCUAAUGAAGUUGUAAAGGCUGGAGAAAAGCUCAAACAGAGUAAAAAGAAAGCAAAGAUGCCAUCUGCCAGUACUGAAAGCCAGAGAGACUGGGGAAAGGGCAUGGCUUGUGUUGGUCGCACUAAGGAAUGCACUAUUGUUCCUUCAAAUCAUUAUGGGCCUAUACCUGGUGUUCCUGUUGGGACAACCUGGAAAUUCAGAGUUCAGGUGAGUGAAGCAGGUGUUCACAGACCUCAUGUUGGUGGAAUCCAUGGACGCAGUAAUGAUGGAGCUUAUUCACUCGUACUAGCUGGGGGAUUUGAAGAUGAAGUGACCCUUAAACCAAAGGAUAAUCUUCUUGCACAGGAUCGAGGAGAUGAGUUCACUUACACUGGGAGUGGAGGUAGAGAUCUUUCUGGCAAUAAAAGAAUUGGAGAACAUUCAUUUGAUCAGACAUUAACACACAUGAAUAGGGCAUUGGCCCUUAACUGUGAUGCCCCAUUGGAUGAUAAAAAUGGAGCAGAGUCAAAGAAUUGGAGAGCUGGUAAACCAGUUAGGGUAGUGCGCAGCUCAAAAGGACGGCGGAUCAGCAAAUAUGCUCCAGAGGAAGGCAACAGAUAUGAUGGCAUUUACAAGGUGGUGAAAUACUGGCCAGAAAUUGGAAAAUGUGGAUUUUUAGUUUGGCGCUAUCUUCUGAGGAGAGAUGAUAUUGAGCCUGCACCUUGGACUUCAGAAGGAAUGGAGCGGUCAAAAAAGCUCGGUCUAAGUGUACAGUAUCCAGAAGGUUAUUUGGAAGCCAUGGCUAGUAAGGAGAAGAAAGAUAAGGUUAAAAAGCAAACUGUGAAACAAGAACCAACCAGCCAAAGUAAUGGAAACCAGAAGAGGACAAUUGAUGAUGCAGGUACAGAGGAGCCUACCAAUACACCCAAAGCCAUGAGGAUGGGGGAUGGAGGGAAAGGAGAAGCUUUCCAGCUGACCCAAGAGCAGCAAUGGCUGAUCAGAGAAGACUGCAUGAACCAGAAGCUGUGGGAUGAAGUACUUGCUUCUCUUAAGGAAGGACCAAAUUUUCUGAAGAAACUGGAACAAUCCUUUAUGUGUGUCUGCUGCCAGGAGUUGGUUUACCAGCCAGUGACAACAGAGUGCCUCCACAACGUCUGUAAAAGUUGUUUACAGCGCUCCUUCAGAGCCGAAGUGUUCACCUGCCCUGCCUGCCGCUAUGACCUGGGGAAGGGCUACACCAUGGCUCCCAACAAGAUCCUGCAGACACUACUGGACCAGUUCUUUCCGGGUUACAGUAAAGGGCGAUGAUGUGCUCAGUCCCUUCUGUACUUCUCCCAGUGACUUUAGAGACAGUAAAGGGGAAUAAACAUGGGAAUUCAGCAGCGGACCAGCCGUCUUGAUGGGACUCAAUAUAUUGUCACUUUUUGAAGCACCUAACCCUCUUACCCUCAUAGCCAUUUCUUGGUGUUGUGAGAACUCUAAUUCUCAGCUGUCUUUUAACAUCAAGGGUAGUUUUGGCCAGUUAACUAACAGUUUUUAAAGAAGGAAAAAAAAAAAAAAAGAAAAAAGAAAAAUAAAAGCUUCAGCUCUUACUGGCCUAGCUGAUGCUUAAUUUAUGAUUUGUUUUUUUGUGACUACCUCAGGACAGAGGAAAGUAAAUUGUGUCAAACAAUGAAACAAUGUUGGGGAUAAAAAAUAGUUAGUGAUGUUUUAGCUACACACUGCCUCCUAAAUAUUAGUUGUGCCUGGUCCAUGUGGUUUGAUUUACAAUAAAAAGGAACCCAAUAACAAAACCCAAACCAAAAGAAAACCCACAAAAAACCAGGAAAAAUAAAUAGAUUCAGCACUUAAGCCAUUUGGAUUAAACAGCAAAUUCUGUGGUGUGCAUAAUCCCUUUUUUGUCUUUUUCUUCUAUUAUGCUGUAUUUUUUUGCAAGAACGGGCUGAUUUUUAGUCUAUUUUUGUGAGCUUCAUUGUGCUUUUCUUGUAUCUUAUGCAAGUUGACUACUAAUGACUAAUGAGAACAAUAUGAAUGCAUUGUUGCUGCAUUAGUGUAAAGUGAUCCGUGUUUUUUGCACUUAAAGAGGGUAUUCAAGACACUCUAAUUGUGUAAAAAAAUAGUUCAUAUAAAAAAAGCCACUUCUGUAUUAGUUAAACUGUAUGCUUUUAGUAGGUCUUGUAUCAGUGGCAAUACAUCUACACAGCAUUAAAGGCAGUGCUAGCUAGGGUUCAAAUCGCUUCAUAUUGUGAUCUGAAAUUUUAUAUACAAUAUAUCCCUCCCCCAAAAUAUACCUUAUUAAAUAUUUUAUGAUUCAGAA